CCUUCACAGGCAGUGAAGCAGGUCUGCAGGUGUCUAUCUUUCUCUCCCCCUCUCUGUCUUCCCCUCCUCUCUCCAUUUCUCUCUGUCCUAUCCAACAACAACGACAUCAAUAAUAACUACAACAAUAAAAACAAGGACAAUAAAAGGGAAUAAAUAAAUAUUUAAAAAAUAUGGGGGUCUUAUCUCCUCUGGCUAGACUGGAUUCUUCCCUAGUUGUCCUGCUUAGGAGUGUGGAGGGAGGAGGUACAGUAUCUGUAGUCACUGACUGCUGUGAAGCCCAUCAGGCACAGCAGAAAUACAGACUUGGGGGGGGUGGACUGUAGCACAGUGGGUUAAGCGCACAUAGCGCAAAGCGCAAGGACCAGCAUAAGGAUCCUGGUUCGAGCCCCUGUGGUGAAGCAGGUCUGCUGGUGUCUUAUCUUUCCCCCUCUUUGUCUUCCCCUCCUCUUUCUAUUUCUCUCUGCCUAUCGAACAACAACAGCAAUAAAACAACAAAGGCAACAAAAUGGAAAAAAAUAAGUCUGCAGGAGCAGUGGAUGCAUGGUGCAGGCAGUGAGCCCCAGUGAUAACCCUGGAGGCAAAAAAAAAGAAAGAAAGAAAGAAAAGAAAUACAGAUUUAGGUUAUAUGUCCCUAUAUCACAGAGGAAAUACAAAUCUCUACCAGGCACACAGAUUAAAAUACAUAGGGUGAAUCAGGAGAGUGUGCACUCUGUGUUCAUCGAUUUUUGUAUUUCACCAACUAUUCUCAUUUCUAGAGGGUAAAGUCAACAGCCCGCCUCAGUAGCCUCCAUCACUCUAUGGGGAUUGAUUGCAACCUAGGCUAAUCCCCUCCAAUCUGUGCCCCCUAAUUGCUCCCCAGAGGGCUCUAAAGCCCAGAUCAAGUUCCUGCCACAUCCUGUGGCUGUGCUCAGGCCCUCCCACUGGAGAGUGCUGUGGCAGGCUGUCCUCACCUCUUCCAGGGCUGCCUGGCCACUCUGGGCUCCUUGCAACUGCUUUUUGUAGAAAGGGGCUCUUCUUCCUAUAUUAGUAACUGACCAUACUACUUAAAAAGCAGGUAGCUGCACCUAUUUCUUUCUUUCUUUUUUUUUUUUUUUUUGGUUGUGUGGCAAGGGUGAGAGGAGAAGCCUUGCAUAUAGUCAGAUUUUCCCGCUUACAGGGGCCCUUUUUGUUGUUCCAUUUUUUUUUUUUCCAUUCAGAGAGAGAAAGCUAGCUCACCAGCCCGACUCACCUAUUCAUUUGAUCGUCAUAUGCACAGCCUACGGAACACAACUCUGUCCAUGUACAAGUGAAGAGCUGGGGUACACUCACCCUGCGGGGACGCAUAGUAUCUACUCUCCAGCCACCUUUGCCCCUAAGCUGCAGGUUAACCACCAAAGGCCCCGUGGGCUGACCUCAGCUAUUCGGGUUCACGCUCCGCGCAUGCUCCGCAGAGCUGGACUACAACCCCCAGCAUGCAUUGCGGUGAUGACAGCAAAGUCCCUUUCAAAUCAGCCAAUCAGUUGUCCUCGACGCCCGCGCCACAUUUAAAUCGCUGAGGUGCGGCUGCUGGCUGUUCUAGCCACUUCCGGCAGCUCUGUCCUGGGAAGCGGAGCGCAGCGACCGGCCUGCAGCGGAAGAUGGAUGUCCCCAAGAAGGAUGUGUCCAGAUCCAUCCUCGCGGGGAUUCUACGCUUCCUGGUUUGUUGGCUACCGUGCAUCCUAUGCCAAGACUCCUCUAAGGCGCACGGACAUUCUUCUUUUGGCUGAUGAAAAAUUUGACUUUGAUCUUUCAUUGUCUUCUUUAAGUGCCAAUGAAGAUGAUGAAGUCUUUUUUGGACCUGUUGGGCAUAAAGAAAGAUGUAUUGCCGCCAGCUUAGAGUUAAAUAAUCAAAUUCCCAAAGAAAAUGUUUCGCCGGCGUCUGAAAGUCAGUUCAACUGGAGUCCUCUCACAGGAGAAAAAUUUGUGGAAAUUUAUAAAGAAGCUCACUUAUUGGCAUUACAGAUAGAAAGCGACAACAAAAACAAGGAAGCUCAAUCUGCCCAGUCUGAAGACCCUGGGAACCCUGGUGUGGAAAAAUUCCUACAAGAAUCAAAAUUAAAAAUAAACCUCUUCGAGAAAGAAAAGGAAAUGCAGAAAAGCCCCCAGUCACUUAAAAGGGAGACAUACCACCUGUCAGACAUCCCCGUGCAGGGGUCACCACUCCUGAGAGACCAGCCGUCCUCCAGCAUGGCCCUGCAGAGUGCUCCUCCCCCGGCCUGCCUCCCCCAGCCGCAGGGACCCCCACACCACGCACGUUCUUCUUUGGUGGGACCACGUACAACCGCUCAUCCUCUCAAACAGACAGUAACUCAGAAAAAGGGUGUCAGCAAGUUGCCUCCUCCCCGAGCAUCAAGUAUUAGAGGGAAAAGUACUCAGUUGGCCCUGGAGAAGCCUACAAAAGACAUGCCAGCCAGUCCUUCCAGGAUGAAAGCCACAAAUGAAAAGGAUGUGCCCCCAGCACAGCAGGGAGUGUUUCCCAGCACAGCAGGGAGUGUUGCCAGUCUGCCAGCCAGUGGGAGCCACCUGGUACAGGGCAAGCGCUUGCUCUCCAUUCCAAACAAGUCUGGGCUGAAGAAAACUCUGUUGAAACCGCCUGGUUGUGCCAGCAGUCUUGCAAGAAAGUCCUCCUCCUUGGGAUCUGUUUCAGCUAAAGCAAGUGAGCGUUCAGGUGUUCCUGUGGACCGAUCCCACUCUCUCUCCAACACCAUCCCGCCAGGCCGAACGGGGCCCGCCCCAGCUCGGCAGUCUGUGCAGGCGGCCCCCAUGGGAGUGUCUUGUAAGCAGAGCCAAGGGGCCAAGGUUGCUGACUUGUCUGUGGAGCCCCCCAGGGUGCCUGACACAGCAGCUUCCACCCAAACCCUGACUCCAGAGCCUAGAGGCCUGGGGCGGAACUCUCGUCCCAGUUUGUCACAGUCUUCACAACUACGCAAACCCGAGAGUACAAGAAGGCGAGACUCCUCUGUCAGCGCCAAGGCAAAGGCACUUCCGACCCCCACAAACCCGUUUAAAGUCCCCAAAUUCCCUACUGGUGAACUCCCAGGCGGUGCCACACCUCAGCUCUCUCAGGCUCAGAGACCGCAGUCCUGCUCGUCAGUGGGGAGUGUCCUUCACAGCACUCCUGCUAGAAACUCGUCAGGACCUGCCUCCCAGAGCUCUUUAAGCAGCACCCGGACCCCCAUGAGUACUAGACGCCUCUCAGCCUUGCCCACACCCGCUGGCCGGCGACUCUCUGGCCUCCAGUUUUUGACCCCCAGAACCAUGCCCAGGACCCUGGCCUCUCCCCUGUGUAUGCCCACUCAGCAACUUUCUUCCGAGCCCCAAAAAAAAUCCUCCACAAGAAUGGCGUCAGAGAGAGGAAGCAACAGCAAAGCUGUCUCUGGGCACCCAGACCUGUGGCCUGAUGGGAACUUUUCUCCUCCAUUCUCUGUGCCACAGGCACUUAGCUUUUCUCCAGAAAAGAUUGAUUGCACUUUUUCAAAGUCUGUCACUACAGAAGUGGCAGCGGUUGAAGUACCACCUGAAGACACAGCCCCUCCUGAGGCUGUUCUUGUGGACAUCAAACUAGACCAACUUACUAUUACUCCAAAAGUUGAAAGCACACCCCUUGUCGACCUCCCUCUUAUCGACUUCUCCAAUACCCCAGAAGCAAACGUCGCUUUGGGGUCAGAAAGUCGACCUCUGAUCGACCUGCUGGUAAAUACCCCUGACAUGAGCAGGAGCACAGCACUGAAGCCUGGCCAUGAGGUGGGACAGCUAAUAGACUUGGCCUCUCCUCUGAUCCAGCUGAGUCCUGAGGCAGACAAAGAAAACGUGGAUUCACCUCUGAUCAAAUUCUGAGUGGAACUAAGUCCUUUAAAUUGUACUCUUUUUAAAGAGAACUUUCCGUCCUGAAGUAGUUUUACUCUUAGAAAUCGGUUCUAGGAGUAACUGCACUGGAAAAAGGAAAACCAGCCUAAGUAGUUAUGUUGCUGGGAUGGGUGGGGAGGGGGUGGCCUGGGGGGGUGGUUUCCAGACAGAGGUCACACCUGUCACACAGCUCCCCUCUCCCGCUGCCCCCACUGUGCUGGAGUCGGAUGUGGAAACUGCUCCGGAUGAAGACUUGUGGGGGAUAUUUUGUUUGUAAAGGAACAAGUAAUUUGUUUUAAAAUUAAAGCUGUAUGAAGUUAUGUAUUCUAGGUUUAAAUUAAAUUGUAAGUAUAUAAAAAUAUACUAAAGCUUGUGAUUCUUA